AUGGCGCCCGAUCCGCAAACCGAACAACCCGCGCAAGCCGAAGCAGCCCAAGAAACAACACAACCUCAAUCACAAGAAGCAGAACAACAACCAGAAUCAGACCAAGACCCUCCCGCAUCACCCCCCCUCCCUCAGCGACACACAGCCGUUUCGCCUGGUCCCCGCGCCGCGCGUCUACAAGAACUCUAUGCGCGAUCGCUAAAGAAGACGCUGGGGAAGAUUGGAUGGGAUAAUGUCGCCGGCUGCUACCCUACAAUUGCGAAGAGGGCGGAGGGUGUGUUGAGGCAGGUCCAGGGACAAAUGGUUGAUAAGCUUGGCGAGAAGUGCGAGAAAGAGUUUGACAAUAUUAUGGUGUCGAGACAGGUCGUUCCUAAGCUCAAUGAUCUAGAGGGCCUUAUUAGCGAUGCUUCCCGCCGACGCGCCGAUCCUCACCUUCUGCCCCCAUCAGCAAUCCUCGCCGCACAUCUCACACCCGCCCUCACGGUGCACCAGUCGCAACUCAAUGCUCGCCUACAAACGACACAAUCGCAAAACGCUCUGUUGUAUGAUGAAGUUCGUCGUCAAAGAGAAGAAAUCCGUGCCCUUCUUGAUGCCCUCGAAGCUGUCGUCGCCGAUGUCCAGGGCGCAAAUGACGCGCUGCGUCCGGUUGUGGACGAUGUUGCUGCUGAGACGAGACAGGGCAUAGCAGCCGUUGACGCUGCCAACGGUGGCGGGCAACAAGGAGCAUCAUCAUGA